AUGGCUGGUGGUUCAGUGGAGUCUGGCGAGGACAAGGUCGACAUCCAGCUGGACGGACAGUCGCUGAUGGUGCCCGAGACCAACAACCGCACGCGCGGCCUGCACGUGCUCGUGCUGGAGCAGAACACAGGCGCCGUGCUGGCGCGCCGCCGCUUCGACACCGUGCUCUCGGCCGUACACGAGGAGGCUGUCCGUUUCCUGGACGCCGUCAGGCCCGGCCGCCUGCUAGUGCUCGCUACCAAGGGCGCCGGCGAGGCCCUGGGCGAGUCGUUCAGCCCAGCGCCGGCCCACGGCGAGUUCGGCGGCCCGCUGUUCCUGCGGGUGGACCUGCGGCCGGACACGCUGCCGCCGACGCCGCCCUGUCAGUGGGCUGACUCGGAGGAGAGCCGGCGCCGGCACGCCUUCUGCGACAAGUUCGAGGGCUACCCGGGCGUGUGCCGCUGCCUGCAGCCGCACCCGGUCCUGCCGGCGCCCAGCGCGCUGGAUGAAAACAUCGACUCCAUUUACGUGGCGGUGAUGGCCACCCACCGUCCGUACUACCUGUACCGCUCCCUGAGGUCACUGGCCUUCGCCCAGGGCGUUCAGCCUGGCAACGUCGUCGUCUACCUGGAGAAUGACAAACACCCUGAAUUGGAGGCCCUGGUGGCCCUUUUCGGAUUCCAGAGCCGUUACGUGGCUGCCAAGUCAAGCACCAAGAUCAACUUUGUGAUCAGCAAUCGGAUCAUGGACAUCUUGAACGAUGCCUUCACCGCAUUCAUGGAAGCUGAGUUCGUCAUGUUCAUCGAAGAAGAUCUGGAGUGUUCUCCCGACAUUUUCCGUUACUUCGGCCAGGCACAGCAGAUUCUGCGCGAGGACCCGUCCGUGUUCAGCGUGUCCGCCUUCAACCUGCACUCGUUCGCCAACACGUCUCACGCGACCAACGCCGCUUACCGCGUGGAUAACUUUACCGGCCUCGGCUUCCUCCUGCCCCGCAAGACGUACGAACACGAGGCAAAGCCACUCUGGCUCGAGUACGCCUGGAAGAGCGAGUUCGACUUGUUCAUGGACAAGAAGGUCAAGAAGGACCGUGAGGUGAUCGUGCCCGACGUGAACCGGGUGUACCACAUCGGCCGUGACUCGCACUACAUCAACACCAACGUCUACGACAUGCUGUUCAAGAACCUGUCGGUGAACCCGGAUCCGACGUCCCAGCUGCAUGACGUCACCAGGCUCUACAAGUUGAACUAUGAAGAAGACCUCAAAGUGACACUUAAAAGAGGUGUGACGAUCCGGGACUACGGGGACAUUUGCAACGCUGGCAACAUGACCUUCAAUUUUCAGAACCAGUGCUGGGGGCUCGGGUUUACCUCAACGGCCGGACACCAUGGCGGCCUCUGGCGGUUUUGGCUGGAGAACAAGAAGGGCUUCCUCUUCCACAUGGUCUUCAUCGGCGUUCCGUUCUCCCGAUACUCGUAA